AUGAGUCGCCCAUCGCAAACUAAUAAUAUUUUGCGAUACCCGCAGCCACCUAUUGUUUCGAUCAGAAAUAAUUUUCAUGCAUUUUAUCCACAAGAGGUGGGUUUGUUUCUUAAAUUAAUCAAUUUUAAUCAAAGAUAAUACUAGCAUAAUAACAGUUUGAAACAAAUGUGACGCAUGUUCUAAACUCUUCUCAUCUCACAUUUGCUUGUCUAAUAGAUAUAAUCACUCGGAGGAGAAAGAGAGAACAUUACACUAUGCUCUCGCACACUCUGAGAAGUGGAAUUUUCGGUAGCUAUCGAUCGAGAGAGAUUUUAUAAUAUUAGUUUGUCUUCUUUUCAAAAUAUUUAUAACUGAUUAUUGAUUGACCGGUCUACUAAAUGCUACAUAAUCAAUUCACAAUACUUCAUAAGUUGAAGCAUUGAACUUAUUAACAUUAAUACAGUGUGUAAUUGUAUUUUCUCUCUCCCAAAUGCAAAAGAGGAAUCAAUUUCUUUGUUUAUUUUUCAAACUGUUACAGGAAGUCACUGUCCGCCCCAAAAAGCACCGUUCAUCGCUAACCAGCGCAGAAGCCACUCUUGGAAUGUCCCCGGAAAAACAUGCACCAAAAAAAGUAGGAAGUUCCAUUUUAACUAUAAUUUUUUAUUUCUACUUUCAGAGAAACAUUGGCAAUAACUAUUACCAGGAACCUGCCGCCGUCAAUCCCAUUCAAAAUGAGAUACCAUACGAAAGUGAGUUUAAAAUCUUCAUUUUGAAACUACUAGCAAAAGUAUAAUAUCAGAAGUGGCAGUUGCUCAGCGUCAGUAUCGCAAUCCUCAAGACGCUCCUGUCAGGAAACUUACCAGUGAUCUGAUCAAGACGUACAAAGCAAUAAAUGAAGUAAAAAAUAUUUUUUACAAUGAUUAUCAUAACAUGUCUUUUUUAGUCGUUCUACUUGCGAAAGCAAGUGCGACGUGGUGAUCGUCAUAAGAGCCAAGACGGCAGAACUAAAAAGGAUGGUACAAUGCUAGCCACUCUCACCGACACGUUUCCAAAUCAAAAUGUGGUAUGUCAUUUGUUAAUUCUGUUUCUAGUUCAAUGAAAAAAAUAUUCAGGCUCAUCCGUCAAGCUCUUUGAAUCAAGCGCAACUGUAUAUUGAUGAACACGAAAAAGCGUAUGUUUCAAUAAUUUAUUUCAGACAACAUUACGCUACUUUUUUCAGACCACCAUUGCUGGAUACCAAUGCCCCGCCAACAUCUACAAUGGUUGUUCCAAUGCGCACUGAAACUGAUCUACAACAGCAACAACGUCAGAAAAGCAGUCGUGGUGGACCAUACAAUAAUGGUUAUGAUGAUCAGAACUAUGAUUACAUUUUGAAAAAUGGAGAGAUUUUUGAUAAGAGGUAAUUUUUAACCACAAAUAUACAUAAAUUUCAUCAAACAACUGUGUUUUGCAGAUAUGUUAUUCUUAGUGAUACUCCGGUUGGUAAAGGAUCAUUCGGACAAGUCACAAAAGCUUAUGAUACAUUGAAUAAGGAGGAAGUCGCAAUUAAAAUAAUCAAAAACAAGAAAACGUUCUUUGAUCAAGCUCAAAUUGAAAUUCAUCUGCUGGAAAUGACAAAUGCGCAUGACAAAGAUAAUAAAUACAAUAUAGGUGAGAAGAACUUGCGUUUUUUUUGUUGAAAUUAAAUCAAAAUUAUUUUCAGUUACAUUGAAAGGUCAUUUUGUUCAUCGUGCCCAUCUCUGCCUUGUAUUUGAACUGCUCUCCUACAACUUGUAUGAUCUCUUGAAAAACACAAGUUUUCGCGGUGUUUCUCUCAAUUUGGCUCGCAAAUUCGCUCAGCAACUUGGAAAAACAUUGCUCUUUUUGUCAUCGCCAGAGCUUUCAAUUAUUCAUUGCGACUUGAAACCUGAGAAUGUGCUCCUAGUCAACGCCAAGCGAUCUCAAAUCAGAGUUAUUGAUUUUGGUUCUUCGUGUCAGACAGGACACCGAAUCUAUCAGUAUAUCCAGUCAAGAUUUUACCGUUCACCGGAAGUUUUGCUGGGAAUCGCUUACGACACAAAAAUUGAUAUGUGGUCUUUGGGAUGUAUUCUGGUUGAAAUGCACACUGGAGAGCCGCUGUUUGCUGGAUCGUCAGAAGUUGAUCAGAUGAUGAAGAUUGUAGAAGUUCUUGGAAUGCCACCCAAGGAGAUGUUGGAUAUCGGACCGAAGGCUCACAAAUAUUUCGACAAAACUGAAGAUGGGCUAUAUUAUUGUAAGAAGACGCGAGACGGCUAUCGACACACUUACAAAGCGCCGGGAGCAAGAAAACUUCACGAAAUUCUGGGUGUCACUUCAGGGGGCCCAGGAGGACGGCGUUUGGGAGAACCUGGCCAUUCCGUUGAAGACUACAGCAAGUUCAAGGAUCUAAUUAAACGAAUGCUCCAGUUUGAUCCGAAACAAAGAAUCUCACCAUAUUAUGUGGUUCGACAUCCGUUUUUGAAGCAGAAAGAGGAACGCGUCAGUUCGCAACCGGUUAGUUCCAGUUUCAUAUUUGUCCUCUGAUAAUUUCUAACUUUGCAGCCCGUUUCGCACAACGACCAUGUCUCCCAAAUGUUUCUCCAACAACCGUUGCAGGACAACCAACCCAGUGUGGGAACGGUUUUGGUGAAUGAUAAUAUAUAUCGUGCUUCCAUUCCACAAGGUUUGGCGUCUUCCUCUAAUGCGAUGCCAUUGACUGCGUCCUUUGAUGAAGGGGAUAAUGUUGAGAGCGAUUCGUCACGACGCCGUUACUCUUCUAUCCAGCCCAGUUAUCAAUCGUCAGCAAGUUUCCAAUUUGGACAGUCGCAAAACUACAAUCAACCCAAGCGACAUGAUUCUCAGCAGGUGCAACCACAAACCCAAGACCAAGUCCAAGCACAAGCGCAAGCUCAACUCCAGAUGCAACUUCAGCAACAGCAACAACAACAACAGCCGCAACAGCAAACUUCACAUCGCCAGCACAUUAUGUCGAUUCCACAAAGUCAACCAAAGUCCUUGCCGGCCUUAUCCCAAGAACAGAUUGCUCAGAGCCAAUUUCUUCAUCAGAACAAACAGAGGUCACGUCAAGAACAGAAUGAUUGGAGGAACCAAAUGGACUUUGAGGAGGCAUAUUUCGAGUGAGUCACCUAAGCAAAUAUUGAUUGUAUGUCUCAAAAAAGUUUUUACACGGCUUUCUAAAUCUCACACUAGUUGUAAAGUUUGUGAUCCUUGGCGCAUAACAAUAUAAAACCAUCUUUCAGCAAGAAAGGUAGCCAAAGCCAAAACAAACCAAAGCAGGUGGAAGAUCAAGCCGGUCGAGAUCUGGAAAAAUCUGAUUACCCAAACAACAAGCUCUAA